GCGCCGGCUCUGCAGUGCCGGACAGGGUCUGGUUGGGGAGGUCCUCAGGUUCUGGAUCCUGUUCCUGGGGAACCUAAAGGGCCCUGGGACGACAGGAGGAGAAGAAGCCUGCCUUGGAAGCUUCACCUCUUGGGGAGAUGCAGAGUCUCAGGCCUGAGCAGAUUCGGGGGCUGCUGGAGCCUGAGAGGGCCAAGACGCUGCUGCCUCGGGAAAGCAGGACCUGGGAGAAGCGUGCCGCCUUCACCAAGGACUGGGUGGCUGUGGAGGUUGGGGCCUCCGGCUGUGACAGUGAUGAGAAAGACCUCCCAUCUCCAGAGCCUGGGUUUCCUCAGGAGUGGAGCUCGGUGGAGGAAGAUGACGAGUCAGAGGACUCCCAGGGCUUUGUGGAGUGGUCGAAGGCCCCACAACAAACGACCAUAGUCUUGGUGGUGUGUGUGCUUUUCCUGUUCCUGGUCUUAACAGGGAUGCCUAUGAUGUUUCACAUUUAACGAUGAUGGUGGCUAUUGUUUCAAAAUAGAUGCCCAGUGUCAUGCUAAGGAAGUGCCCUGAUGAAAAAUCAGAAAUAGGUCUUGAAUAUUAUCAAAUGCCUUUUACACAUCCAUUGAGAUGAUUUGCAUUUGUAUUUAACCUUUUAUGUGAGGUUUUGCAUUACCGUAUUUCACUGAACUUAAGACACCAUCGAUUGUAAAACACGUAUUAUUUUGUAAACCACUGAGAAGGAAAAAAAAAGUGCUACUUAACUGUAAGAUGCCACCAAGCUGAAGAUGCAUCCUGCCUCCAGAGAAGGUGAACACAUGUGCAGCUGAAGGUCGCUGGAAUCUGAUAGAUUUCUUAAUUAGAGAUCAUCUUUGCCUUCUUAGGAUCAUGGUGCCCCCGUCUUCAGACACUGAAUUCUAUUUCUUGAUAUUUUGUGUAGGAUUCUUGCCUCUGUCUUCUCAUGUAAGAUUGGCGCCAUCUGUGUUCAAUUUUGGUAUCACAGCUGAACUUGCAUCGUAGAAGGACUUGAGCAAUGUCUAACCUGCUUCUGUGCUUUUGAAUAGUUUCUGUAGCGUGAGAAGUAUCAAUUCCUUGACAUUUUGAAAGAAUUCACCAGUCAUGUAACCGGGUCCUAGAGCUACGGAGGGGCCAUUUCAGCGAGUUCUUGGAUGGCUUCCUCAGUUUCUUCUCAUAUUAUCAGCUUAUUAACACUUUUUCCUGCAAUAAUUUUUGAUGACUUACAGUUUUCUUCUAUCCCCUAGACCAUUCUUCACUCCAUUGUGCUUCCCCUGAGAUGAUUAGCUUAAUUAUGCAUACUCUCCUAUAAUUACACAAAAGUCUCUUUAUUUUGUUCUGUGCCCUUUCUUCCUUUCAACCUCUGUUUGUGGCUAUUCGAUUUGUCAAAGGUUUAUCUCGUUUAUUAUUAUUAUUCUGAAGAGCCAGCUUUAGGAUUUAUUUAUGUCCAUUAUUUCCCUAGUUCAUAAUUUGUUUUCCUUCAACAUGUACUGGGUUCAUUUUUUAUUGUUUCUAUUCCUUGUCUCAAUUUUUAAGUUGAGUACUUAAUUCAUUUAUAGUCUCUUUUAACAAAAUUAUUUGCUAUACUAGUGUACUUAAUAAUGUAAAUGUACUUCUGGUUAUAGCCUUGGCCACAUCUUAAAGUUUGAUAAUUUGUGUUCUUGUUUAUGUUGUUGUGUAAGUAUUAUAGUAUUUCUAAAGAGUGCUUUGAAACUCAGUGAUUGGGUUUCUUUAAAAAGUUUGUUUUCUUGGUUUACUGCACGGUGAACAGAGAACGUGGCCUAUAUCUGCUUUCAGAACCUUUUGAAAAGCUGUUGUCAUGGCCUAGAACAUGUCCAAUGUUUGUACGUGUUUCGUGGACGUUUAAGAUGAAUAUAUAUUUCCUGUCUGUAGAAUUCAAAACUCGACCUAGUCGGUUAACUCAGUCUUAUCAAUUAUGUUGUUCAGAACCAUGUGCUGUUUAAUUUGUGCCUACCCUAUACGUCAAAAACCAGUAAGGCUAUGUGAAAAUCUGUUAGUAUGAUUACGUUUGUCAGUCUGUUUUUAUAAUCCUACUUUAUGCAUUCAGCAACUGUGCGAUUUGGUGCGUAUAAUACUUGCAGCAUUGUUACGUCUUUGCCAAUUAAAUAAUACGUGUAGAACACCGAACACAGAGCCAAGCAUAGAGUAGGCACUCAAUAAAUGUUGGUUAAAAGCUGA